CCGUGAUCGAGAGGGGUUGACAGCGCGAAGCUUUGGAAGGGCGAAGCGGAGAGGCUGAUCAUACCAUACAAAAUGUAUUAGGGUCCGAGAACAGAACGAGGAAUACAAUGUUAUGGCUGCAGAGAAGGGAACGCUAGAGUUGAUUGCCAUACUUUUCCCUCUGAAGGAAAUAUACCUUGACUGUGAGAAAGUGAGGGCUGCAGAUGCUGGAGGUCAGAGCUGAAAAAUGUGUUGCUGGAAAAACGCAGCAGGUCAGGCAGCAUCAAAGGAGCAGGAGAAUCGACGUUUCGGGCAUGAGCCCUUCUUCAGGAAUGAGGAGGGUGUGCCAAGCAGGCUAAGAUAAAAGCAGAAACUGUCAAGGUUGGAAGUGGUUCAGUCCUGGAUGUUUUUAACAGCAGACUCCAAGUCUAGCAGACACUGGUGAGCUCUCUGCUUUUUCAGCAGAUCAGACGAUGGAUCAAAUCCCUUCUCAGAUGCAUGGUGCAUGUGAACAGUCUCUCUUCAGUGUGAACCCACUUAUGUUUCUCGUAGAAUUUGAAAGGGAGGGUUUACAAAUGGAAAGCUCAAACCAAACAUCAGCUCAAGACCUGACAGAUGAGCUCAGUUCAUCAGAUGAAUAUCGUCGGCCUUUGAACAUGGAAGGAGAAAGUAGCAUUGACAGUGAAAAGAAACUGUAUGCAUGCUCUGUGUGUAGACGAGGCUUCAGCCAGUCAUCUGACCUGUCCAAACACCAGUGUGGUCACAACAGGGAAAAACCAUGGAAAUGUGGGGACUGUGGGAAGGGAUUCAAUUGCCCAUCUGACCUGGAAACUCACUGGCGCAGUCACACUGGGGAGAGACCAUUCACCUGCCCCGACUGCGGGAAGGGGUUCACUCAAUCAUCUGACCUGCUGAGACACCAGCGAGUUCACACUGGGAAGAGGCCGUUCACCUGCACAGAGUGUGGGAAGGGAUUCUCUCAGUCGUCGCACCUUCUGACGCAUCAGCGAAUUCACACCGGAGAGAGACCAUUCACUUGCCCCGAGUGUGGGCAGGGAUUUACUCAGCUAUCGACCCUGCUGAGACACCAGCGAAUUCACACUGGGGAGAGGCCGUUCACCUGUCCCAAGUGUGGGAAGGGAUUCACUGAGUCGUCCCAUCUGUUGACACACCAGCGAGUUCACACUGGGGAGAGACCGUUCACCUGCACCGAGUGUGGUAAGGGUUUCAUUCGGUCGUCUACCCUGCUGAUACACCAGCGAGUUCACAAUGGGGAGAGACCAUUCACCUGCUCCAAAUGUGGGAAGGGAUUCACAACUUCCUCCACCCUCCUGAAUCACCAGCGCAUUCACACCGGGGAGAGGCCGUUCACUUGCUCCCAGUGCGGGAAGGGCUUCAGUCAGUUAUCCAAUCUGCUGGCCCACCAGCGGGUUCACACUGGGGAGAGGCCAUUCUCGUGCUCUGAGUGCGGCAAGGGAUUCACCACCUCUUCCACGUUGCUAAAUCACCAGCGCGUUCACACAGGGGAGAGGCCAUUCACCUGCCCCGAUUGUGGGAAGGGAUUCAGUCAGUCAUCCAACCUGCUGACACACCAGCGAGUUCACACUGGGGAACGGCCAUUCAUCUGCAUCAAGUGUGGGAAGAGAUUUGCUCGUUCAUCCAACUUGCUGACACACCAGCGAAUUCACGAGGAACCACAGUGAUUGAAGUUUGCUCUCAAUCACAUCCAGGCUUGAACUAUGUUCAAUGGACUCUAAUUCUCCUGAGGCAAAUAAACUCAACCCAAUCUGGGUGAUAAUACUGUGUAAAUGAAAUAAAUAACCUUUGUCUUACGCACAAAAA